AUGUUGUUGGGGCGAUGCCGUAUCAAGUUUCCAGUCACAGUCAAUGGCAAGGGAUUUGGUGACACCGCCAAUCUCUUUGCUGCCAUGCAGAAACUGAGGAAGACAAACGCUAUUCAAAGAAUAUGGAUUGAUGCAAUAUGUAUCAAUCAGAACGAUAACGACGAGAAAAAUACACAGGUUCGACUCAUGCGUGAUAUCUAUCAGAAGACUGAAAGGUGUUUGAUAUGGCUUGGAGAGUUCGAGGAUGCGAAACCGGUGACCACUAUGUCUGAUCUUAUACGCAAGGGCAAAGAAUUAACGAGCGCAUCCAACAUAAAAAUUUGCCAUCUAAGGAUAAUUAUCGCUUUUGGGAGAGCCUUGGGCUUCUAG